AUGGACGACGAACGUAUCAUAUCUAUGUUAGAGGAUGUACCAGACAAUUCUACCGAAGAAUCAAAUUCUGAAUUAGAGAACGAUCACUGCAGUGAUCAUAUUAUUAGCUCUGGUACGGAACAAGGAGCUAGUAGCGUGGAAAGUAGUUCUGGGCAUGAGAACGAAGACGAGUCUGAUGACGAUGUUCCCCUGUCAUUUUUGCGGAGUAAUUCUUUGCCUAUUCAGGGUGCUUUUUACGUAGCUAAGGAUGGCCAAAAAUGGUAUAGACUACCUCAGCGGCCCAACGUGCGUACUCGUUCUGUAAAUAUAGUAAACGAACGGCCUGGGGUGCAAGGCGAAGCAAAAGAAGCUAUGAACGAAUCUGAAUGUUGGAAAAUUUAUAUAACAAUGGAAAUGAAAAAUGCAAUAACUACACACACAAACGCAGAAAUAAAAAUUCGUCAAGAGAAAUGUAACGAUCGUUCAAAAUUAUAUUACAUGAAUGAAACAACUAUUUCUGAGUUAGACGCAUUCCUUGGUUUAUUGUAUAUCGCUGGUCUCAAUAAAUCUGGCCGCCAAAAUAUCAAGGAUUUAUGGAGAACCGACGGAACCGGAGUUGAUAUUUUUCGUACAACUAUGUCGCUACAAAGGUUUUAUUUUUUACAAAAUUGUGUGCGUUUUGACGACAAGUCGACGAGAAAUGAGCGAAAAGCAAUAGAUAACAUUGCAGCUAUAAGAAGUAUCUUCGAUAGCUUUGUUCUAAACUGCCAGAAAGCCUAUAUUCCACAUGAAUAUAUGACUAUAGAUGAAAUGUUAUGGGCGUUUCGAGGUCGGUGUGGAUUUAGAGUAUACAUUCCAAGUAAGCCGGCGAAGUAUGGCAUAAAAGCGUAUGCUCUUGUAGAUGCCAAAUCUUUCUACACUUUUAACAUCGAAGUGUAUCCUGGAAAGCAACCUGAUGGUCCCCAUGCCUUUAGUAACAAGGCUUAUGAUGUGGUCGAUAGACUUGUCCAGUCUAUAACAAAGUCCCACCGCAACCUCACAUUUGACAACUGGUUUACCAGUUAUAAACUGAUGAAGCAUCUUCUAGCAGAACACCGUCUUACAGCUACGGGUACUGUUCGGAAAAAUAAAAGAUGUAUUCCAAACUCUUUUUUGAAGACAGGAAAACAACCUGCAAGUUCCAUGUUCGGGUUACAAAGAGACGUUUCUAUUGUUUCCUACGCUCGGAAAAAAAAUAAAGUGGUGAUCCUUAUGUCUACACUUCACCAUGAUGACCUUAUAGAUGUGACAACAGGAGAUAAAAGGAAACCAGAAAUGGGAACCUUUUAUAACUCCACAAAAGCUGGAGUGGAUGUUGUUGAUGAAAUGAGCGUCAACUACGAUGUUUCACGUAAUAGCAAGCGUUGGCCUAUGACUGUGUUUUAUGCGAUUUUGAAUAUAGCUGCCAUCAAUGCAAACAUCAUUUACAGGGCAAAUCGAAACCUAAACACAAAAAGAACUGAGUUCAAUUUGGGUCUGUCUUUGGUGUAUGAACACUUGCGUCAGAGAAAAGAUAAAACAAACAUCCCUUUGUAUAUUCGUAAUCGAAUCUCAUCCCAAAUUGGUGAAGCUUCUGCAUCACUAUCAUCACAGAACAUAGGUGCUCGACCUGUCAGAUGUCGUGAUUGUCCAAACAAAAAAGAUAGAAAGACGAAAAAUGCAUGUAAGCACUGUGGAAAAGCGAUAUGUAAGGAACAUGCAGUUUUAUUCUGCAAUGACUGUGCCAAUGUUCAAGACUGA